GCCUGGAAUUCCUCCAUCAGCGCUUUAUUCCGCGGUCCUGCGCUGUCCUGGGUUAACCUGAAAGUAAUCCCUGAGAUUCCCCUUUCUGGCUUUCGGGGAGCCAGGGACACACCGGAGACCGGAUUCUCAGCUCUGCAGGAGCAGGCCUGGGCCGGAAAAGCCCAGAGGGCAGAGAGAGCUGUGCUGGGGAUUCCAGAAAGGCGUCCGGUCGGAGGGGACCUUGGAGCUAGGGUCUGAGGAGGAGUCUGUCAAAUGAAGAAGGGUAUCCGAGGAGGAGGGAACGGCGGGAGCGAAAGCUGGGGGAGGGGCGAGAAACUUGGAGAGUUCUGAGAACACAUGUAGGAAUCUUCCCAGAGAUUUGGACUAGACUUUACCAGGGCCAGGGCGUGAGUUCCCCGGACCCCUUCCGUCUGCGCCCCUGAGAUCUCUUGCGUCGCCUAAAGCUUUGGAGUGGCCCGAUGGAAAAUACGGGACUCGAACCCUCGUCUCGGUGUAAUUCCCACGGCCCUGGGCCAUGCGUGGUUCUUCCUCCCACCCUUCAUUUCCGGUGUCUCGGAUUCUCACUCUUCUAGGAUCCUAAAAAUUCGGUCUAAGGUUGCCGGGGGAACGCCAUUUCGCGGCACCCCCGCGUGCAGCCUCUCCCCGCCUCUUGCCCUGUCACCAGCCAAUAGAAACGAAGAUCUUCAGUGAGUGGGCAGUACGUCUUCUAAGGGGCCCAAUGAUGAUCGGGAAUCGUUGAGCAUUUUACCAGUCACGCCGCGGAGUAGGCGGGGCCUCCUGUCAGGACUAGAAGUCACCCAGGCUGCGAGGGUAGGCGGAUCGCCGGUUGUGAAUCCAUGUGGCGGGGGUUGUGGACCCUGGUAGCCCGGGCCGCACGUGGGCCUCGCAGCCCCAGACCGUGCACGCGCCAGGGCAGCGGCGUCCCGGUCCCCGGUUCCGGGGCCACUAUCUUCGCGCUGAGUUCCGGCCACGGCCGCUGCGGCAUCCGGUGCGGAAUCCCGGACCUCAAGCCCGACAGCCCCCCCAGCGCCAACGUCCUCCGCCUUAUCGGGUCCUGUCGUUUCCUCACGCCCUCCCGGAGCCUACUACAUGUCCCCCCUCCACGCUUCCGGACGCCUCUCAGCACCCCGCGCCUUCCCCAUGUCCUGCCUGGACUAGCUGUGCUCUGCUACCCUGAAGCUCAGACAGACCCGAGCCGCUGGAGCGGCCGGGGACUCAACCACCCCCAUGCGCAACCGAUGGCGCAGCGGCGGCAGGCGCUGAGACAGCUGGACGGAGAACUGGGCCACCUCUGUCACGGCUGGGCCAGGACCCUCACUAAGGCUCUGGCUCAUGUGGAGGCCUAUAUCGACUUUGGUGAGGAUGACAACCUGGAGGAGGGCGUCCUGGAGCAAGCUAACAGCGAAGUGCGGGAGCUGCAGCUGGCACUGGGCGCACAUCUUCGAGAUGCCAGGCGCGGGCAGAGGCUUCGCUCAGGGGCGCACGUAGUGGUCGCAGGACCCCCCAACGCUGGCAAGAGCAGCCUGGUGAACCUACUCAGCCGGAAACCUGUGUCCAUAGUGUCUCCGGAACCGGGGACCACCCGCGACGUGCUGGAGACCCCGGUGGACCUGGCCGGGUUCCCGGCGCUGCUGAGCGACACGGCGGGGUUGCGGGAGGGCGCUGGGCCCGUGGAGCAGGAGGGCGUGCGGCGCGCCCGGGAGAGGCUUGAGCAGGCUGACCUCAUUCUAGCCGUGCUGGAUGCUUCUGACCUGGCCUCUCCGUCCAGCUGCAACUUCCUGGACACCGUUGUCGCCCCCGCCGGAGCUGGGAGCCCCAAUGGGAACAGCCAGCGCCUCCUGCUGGUGCUGAACAAAUCGGACUUACUGCCUCCAGGCGGCCCCGACCCCAGUCCCAACCUGCGCCCGCACCUGCUGCUGUCCUGCUUGACCGGAGAGGGGCUGGAUGGCCUCCUGGAGGCGCUGAGGAAGGAGCUGGCUGAAGUGUGUGGGGACCCGUCCACAGGCCCACCGGUCCUGACGCGUGCAAGGCACCAGCAUCACCUACAGGGCUGCCUGGACGCUCUUGGCCACUACACGCAGACUAAGGACCUGGCCCUGGCUGCUGAGGCUCUGCGACUCGCCCGGGGGCACCUGGCCCGCAUCACCGGCGGAGGGGGCACUGAGGAGAUCCUGGAUAUCAUCUUCCGGGACUUCUGCGUGGGCAAGUGAGGGGACCCCUGGAGCUGUCGGCCAGGCAGAGUGGAUGCCCAGAAGCCUUGAAGCAUGUGGGAAGAGCUUAGGCCAAGUGAGAAUCUCCCUCCCUGGGGGAAGAACCUGACUCCAGAACAAUGAAGCAAAGCCACUGCCUUCAGAGGUGGUGAGCUCACUGUGGCUGGCGGUGGCCAAGCUACGGCCAGCCAGAUUCCCUUGCAGGGACAUGCCAGGGGUUCAAGCCGCUCUGGAGUGGAACCACUUUGGGUGCCUGAUGCUGGAGGAGCAGGGGUGGAAGGUUGGGAUGGAGGUGGGAGGGCCUCAGAGUUCUUUGCUUUGUGGUUUUUAAUUUAUUUUGCAAAUACCAAAGGAAUAUAAAAAAUUCAGGUGAUCCAGAAAUGCUUAAACACGGAAGACUCCGUCCCCCCACAUCCCUUGGGGUCACAGCUUAACUUGUGUCCUCCCCAAAUUUCUCUGCUCUUCUGCAUACUUGUGGAUACACCCAUAAAAUAUGCGUUUUGUGUUUUGUACAGACA